CAAAUUUGCAAUAGUACACUAGGGAGCGAGUGGAGAUUAAAUUAGAGCAUUUUAUCCACCUAACCAGCAAAGGGGGGCACCGGCAGCAGCGAGCGAGAGAGUCGAAGAAGAAAGAAAUCUCGAUAUUGAGAGAGGGGGAAGUUUUAUUCUUGUUGAAUUCAUAGCUUUCAAUUCAUCGCCUUCAAUUCGCCAACGCAAAAUUCCCCUCCUUAAAAUGCGCAAUCUCGAUUUAGCUUGGAAUCCCAAUUCUCUGUGUACGUGAUUUUUACCAAAAAGGCGCAUGUAUAUAAUUUCCACAUAUUCUUAUUUCUCCCAAUUCCGGACUUCCAGGUUUCUCUCUCCUUCACCCACCACCGAAGAUCGUAUUCUCUUUCGGUCUUCUCUUCUCUUCUCCCUCCACUUUACUCUUCUCUCAAGGUGAAAAUCACUGUUUAAAAGAUCCAGUUUAUUCAACUUGAAGAGGGAGGGUACUGGUUCGUGGAGGCAAUAGUACUUCUGCGAGCUUAUGUCCUCUCGUCUUCGUUUUCCUUCAGAAUCACUGGCCGAGAUCUUUCCAUUUGAAUGCAAUUGAACAUCUAAAUUGGUGUAUCUGUUGACUUAGGAAUCUGCUGGGUUGGUAAUCGAGAACAAUAAAAAGAUUAAGUUUGGCACAAUGGGUGCUGUCUGCUGUUGUUUGAGCGUGGAGGAUUUUGAAGACUAUGUUAAUCCUAAUAGUUCAGUCUAUAGGAAUUGCACCUGUCUUAGUUGCUUCAUUCAAAGCUUCUUAAAUGCUUACACAUUGAUUUUUCGAAGAGGAGAAGUACAUUCUGUCUCCUCAUCAAUUCAAGGGGCAACAUCUAUGAAUUCUACAGCUUCAACGGAUAACUCUUUAUCUGAAAUGUACCGCUCACCUCCAAGGCCAUUGCCUUAUGAUGCUGACCCCAGAUACAUCCGCUUGCAGCGGGAUGGGUUAAUUUCUAGGCGAGAGAAGGGGUCAAGCCAUUUACAUGAAGAGUCAGAACCUUUAAGAAGUGAAGUUGAUACAGAUUCAGAUUCUUUGGGCUCAGGAGGCAAACGGAAUGGGUCUGCUUGUCUUGAGGAAUCUAAAGAAAAUCUUGGCAAAUCGUCUCUAAAGUUCCCUUCAACUAAAUCUACCUCUGGACUUGGAUAUGCAUAUACAUCCUCUGAAGAUGAGGAUGUCUGUCCAACGUGUCUUGAAGAAUAUACUUCGGAGAAUCCCAAGAUAGUGACAAAAUGCUCUCAUCAUUUUCACCUUGGAUGUAUCUAUGAGUGGAUGGAGAGAAGUGAUAACUGUCCAGUUUGUGGCAAGGCAAUGGCAUUCGAUGAAACGACUUGAUGUGCGUGUCGCGGACGAAGCCAGCAGCAGCACCUUGGGCAUAACCACCAACAGAAACAGGGUCAUUUGUGAAUAUUGCAGGAUAAGAUUUUUCAACCAUAGUAAAUAUUAUGAAUGAAAGUAUAACCAAGGUUGGAUCCAUCUGUUUCCUCUCUCUCUCUCUAUUUUCCUCAUUUUCAAAGAUUAUUUCUAAGUUAUACAGUUGAAACUGAUGUUUCACCAAAAUAUCAUCUUAUAGGGGAAGAAAAAUAGGUGUUGUGAAUGAUUGAGAAACCUUUCCAUUCCAUGUUUGGUGUAUCUACCUGUUUUCUUUCUUUUCUCUUCCUGGAAGUGAAAUAUGCUCACCUUUAAAUCA